UAAAUAUUGAACCAUCGAUACUGGAUUACCUGAAUGAGGACUGCUUUCGCGCUGUGCUUCAGUACGUUCCUGUGAAAGACGUCAUGCGGACAGAGCGCGCCAGUCACGGUUGGCAGGCAGUGGUACUGGUGCACUUGCAAGCUCUUCGAAUUAUCAUUGAGGAUUAUGAUGAUGAAGAAGGAAUAAAAAAUAACAAACAUAAGCUCUGCAGCAUAAUAGUUGACAAAAGAACCUUUGAUAAGCAUUUAAUUUCAUUUGAGAGUUGGACUAUAACACUAGGACCUUCAGUUGUAGCCACUUGCUGCUAUAGUUUUGAGUGUUUAGCAGUAAUCAAGGAAAACUGUCCUAAUUUAGAAGCUCUAAAGUUGGCUAACAUGGAUCCAUGUACAGCAGAAGACCUUCUCCCAUAUAAUCUAAAUGAAAACUUCAAGUUUGUCCAGAAGAUGUCUUUUACAAGGUGUUCUAUAAAAGAUUCCGGUAUGAGCCAAUUUGUUGCCGAUAAAGCUUUAGAAAAACUGGAACUCCAAUUUUGUACUGAAGUGAUUGGUCUUUGUUUUUUAUCUAUGAACUUGUCCAAUUUGAAAUCCCUCGAAAUUGACGAUUGUGGAUGUGGAUAAUUGGAUCCCCAAUAUUUUCUUCAAACUAUUGGCCAUUUGAGUGAGCUGAGAGAGCUCAAACUGUUCUAUAUCAGUUGGAUAUUAGCUGCAGAAAUACAGUCAGAGUUAGAUAAAAUGCCAAAAUUGGAAUGUUUGGAAGUGUAUUGUGAUAGGAGCAUGAGAUGUCAUUCAUCAGAGCCUCUGAGUAGAUUAACGCAGUUGAAGCACCUCAGCGUGUCGUACCAGCUAAAUAACUCUGACGUGGAAGCCGUGGUGCGGGGCUGCAGGGAGCUGCGCACCUUGGAACUAUUAGAUUGUCAAGUCGCUGACGGUGGGCGGCGCGUCUCGCCUGACGCGCGGGCUGCCGGCGCGCGCGGCGCGCGGUGCGGGCGGGCUGCCCGCUGCAACUGGACCUCACCAACACUAACCUCACCGACGAGGCUUAUUUGGAAUGCUGGGGACGCUCGUAAGGUCUAUGCUAGCCAGUCGAAGGUCGGCACUCUCUCGGGCUGCUCAUCUUCAAUAUCACUGUGCGAUAUGAUCGAGCCACCGGAUUAUGAGGAGGUGGCGGACAGGCUUAUGGGGCCCCGGGACCCCCUGGCCUAUCCCCCCCACGACAUGGAGCUGUGUACGGUGCCGCGGCGCAUACGGACCAUCACCCACGUGCUGCCCGACGAAGAUCUGAGCAAGGCGCCAAUGUUCGUCCGCGACUGCAUUCGGACAUACACUUCCGACUACACCGUGGUGGAGCACAAGCACCGGCAGCACUCGGGCUCCACGCUCGGCCGCGAGCGGCUCGGCGCGCGGCUCGAGCGGCUCGCCACCGCGCCGCGCCAGCUGUACGAGGUGGACGAGGACCAGGUCCCAGAAUCGCAGCCGUCCAGCGGGCGGCAGUCCGUAGCGUCUAUAUCGUCGUCAUCGUCGUGCAACGAGACGCUGACCCCGCGCGGCUCGUGGGCGAGCCUGGACCUGCGCAGCUCGUCCGCGGACCCGCUGCUGCCCGACCUGUUCGAGCGCCGCCCGCCCGACCAGCAGGACGCCGUCAACGAGGCUAGGAGACUGGAGAACCGUCAAGCGGACCUGCUCGGGCUGUACUCCCCCUACUUGGACGAGGAAGAGGCGGUGGAGAGGCGCCUCGCCGCCGAGAUGCCGAGCGAGGUCACGGGCCACAGGAUACUCGUGCACUGCCACCAGCUCAAACUCGAACUGGACGUGGAGCCUCUCUUCGCUUCCAUGGCGCUUUACGACGCCAAAGAAAAGAAGAAGUUGUCCGAAAACUUCUAUUUCAAUCUCAACUCCGAAUGCACCCGGCAAAUGCUGUCCGGCCAUGUGCCCCACGCCGACCUUAGCACGAUGAGCCGCAGCGCUGUGUUCGAUAUUAUGAACCCUUCGGCUGAUGUGUUCCUGGUAGUUCGGGUGGAGAAAGUGCUCCAAGGAGAUGUCAAUGAGUGUGUGGAACCGUAUAUUAAGGAUGAUAAGAAUCGCGAGAAAGUCCGCGCCGGAGCUCAAGCGGCAUGCUCGCGUCUCGGCAAAUACAGGAUGCCAUUAGCGUGGAGCGCGGUGUCAUUGCUCAAUAUACUGAGUGGCAGCGAUCGAGACGAACGAGACACCGGCACCAAUACCAACAGCUUAGAUCGGAAAGCAUCAAGUAGCAGUUUGGAACAACUGCGCCGCCGCGCCGGGGAAGUGGGUGGCUCUCUCACUCGCAAGGGCUCCGUGGAGCGACGCGCGCCGCCUGCGGACGAGCUGGCUCCUCAACUAGACACCAUGAAGCCAGUCUCCAUCACCGUCACCAGCUUCUUCAAGCAGGAAACGGACAAGCUUCGCGAUGAAGAUCUCUACAAAUUCCUAGUUGAGAUCAAACGGCCGAGCUCAGCGCCGAAGAAACUCAAAUGUAUAACAGGAGUACUGAAAAUAGAGGUGGCCCCGUGCCCGGAGGAACUCAAGAAUGGCCUCACGCCUGAACUAGCCAAACUACAUCCUUAUGGAGAUGAAAACGUCCGUCCAACCAAGGAAGUGCUCCCGUUCCCGAUCCACCCUGUAGCGGCGCCGCACCUGCAGUACCGCAACCUGAUGUACGUGAACGUGCGCGAGAUCAACCUGAACGCGUACACCUCCCGCGCCGGCUCGGCCCGGAACAUCACCGUGCGAGUCCAACUGAUGUCAGGCGAGCAGCAAUCCAGCGCGUUGCCCGCGAUAUUCGGCCGCAGCUCCUGCCCUGAAUAUACCAGCGAGGCGUACACCACUGUACUCUAUCACAACAAAAAUCCGUCCCUCUACGAUGAGAUCAAGAUCAAACUACCCGCAGAUUUAGGCGACCAGCAUCAUUUACUGUUCACGUUCCUGCACAUUUCCUGCCAGAGGAAACCGGUGGCUCCUGAACAGGAGAAAAACGUCGAAACUGUCGUCGGAUAUUCCUGGCUCCCUCUAUGCCGCAACGGCAAGCUGACUUGUGGCGAGUUCAAUCUACCCGUCAUGCAAGAAGAACCUCCUCCAAACUACUCAUACAUUUUCCCUGACGUGCUACUCCCUGGGACCAGAUGGAUCGACAACCAUAAGCCGAUAUUCAGUGUCACUUUAGACGCGCAUACUACAGUCCAUCCAUUGGACAACUAUAUCGAGCGUUUCGCAGUGGCUUGCGAGGCGGUGCAAGAAGGCAACAUUCCCACAAGGAUAGGAUUGGCCAACAUGGAGGCCGAGUUGCGAGCCAGCAUAUCCGAGUUACCCACAGCCAACGUGGAGAUCCUGUCCCGCUACCUCCCCUACGUACUGGACAAGUUACUACACCUGCUGGUGGCGCCCCCGUCUCUAGCGGGCGCGCCGCUCAACAUCGCGCAGGACGUGUUCACAUGCCUGGCCAACGUGUUCACAGACGUGUGUAACAUGAACGAAGGUGUCACCUGCGACCCACACGGCCGAAGUAGCCUGAUUACGGCGUACAUUCAAUACCAGUGCACCAUCCCUCGGCCUUCGCUAGCGGACCGGGACAUAGGCCUGCCGCUGCCGCCCGCAGUAAUGAGCGACGGUUCCUGUAAAAUACUGCACGAAGAGUUGGCACUGCAGUGGGUCGUUGCCAGCGGUGCUACUAGAGAUCUAGCGAUGCACAAUUCUUGGGCGUUGUUCGAGUUAAUGAUAAAGUCCAUGUGUGAAUAUCUAUACUGGAGCGGCGCCCACGAGGCUCCCCGCAAAGCGCGCUUCCCCGACCAGUUCACUGACGACAUCACCACGCUCGUCAACAAUGUCACCACUGAGAUCAUCUCCAGAUACGGCAAAAACAGCCGUCUCACCCAAAGCCUGAACAACAGCCUGGCCUUCUUCCUAUUCGAUCUGCUCAGCAUCGCGGACCGAGGCUACGUGUUCAACCUGAUCCGUAGUUACCACAAGCAAAUGAGCGCCAAAAUUGCUUCCUGCCGGACGCUGUGCCUCUUGUGCAGUACAAGCACGCACGAGCACCGCUCGCGGCACUACCUCGCCGGCCUGCUGCUGCACGACCUCACCGCCGCGCUCGACCUGCAGUCAGUAUACACGUCCACUAUACUUGUACUGGAGCUAGGCUAUAUACUCACGCACGAGCACCGCUCGCGGCACUACCUCGCCGGCCUGCUGCUGCACGACCUCACCGCCGCGCUCGACCUGCAGUCAUAUACAGUACUUCAAUGCGCCGCUGUAAACGCGCUGCUAUCUCUCCUGACGGCUCACGACGCCGAUCCGCGUCUCUCGGCGCCGGAAGUACGAGCGCGGGUGGCGCAACUGUACAUGCCGCUGUUGGGCAUCGUGCUCGACGCGGCGCCCAUGCUGAGCCGCUCUAGCGGGGCUCGAGAUGUCAUUCAAUUUGACGGUGAGAUGGGUCAAUUCAACAACCUUUACAACCCGUCCGUUAACGACCCAGACAACAAACAGACCGGACGUCCACCAUUCAACAGCGAGACCCACCGCAACCUCCUGAUGUGCCUCGUGUGGCUCCUCAAGAGUUGUUCCCGCUCCGCGCUGGCUCAGUGCUGCGCUGAACUGCCCCCCGCCCGGCUACCCUCGCUACUGCACCUGCUGCAUCUGUGCUUCAUCGCGCACGAGUAUAAGGGUCGCAAGGAGCUCUUGAAAUGCCAGCAGCAGAACGUGCGCAAAACGACCGACAUCAAGGCUAAGUUAGAAGACGUCAUUUUAGGCCAGGGUUCUGCGCGCUCCGACUUCAUUAUGAGACGGAAAGGCGGGUCCUCAGCGGUCCCCGGGCGGCGCGAGCGCUGGCGCAAGGACUGGCGCGGCGCGCGCGACGCCCCGCCCUCGCCGCUCGCGCCGCACCCCGCGCUCCCCGCCGCGCUCGCCGCCGAGGUCUCGCUCACGACCAUCGUGCAGUCAUGCAGCAACAUGGAAUCUGGACAGGCGGUAUGCAGCGCGGCGUUGCAAGUGGUGUUGCGCGCCAUGCAGCGCAACCAGAGCGCGACCGUGCUGCAGCACAUGUUCGCUACAGUCCGCUCGCUCAUCGUCAAGCUCGGUUGGUCAUGCUGCGGCGAAGAGUCCGGCAUCUGCCGCGUUUUGCUGCGUCACUGCGCUGCGCUGUGCCCCACGACACGCGCUCACGCCGCCGCCGCGCUGUAUGCGCUUAUGAGACAUCACUACCAGCUCGGCAACAACUUCAGCCGCGUAAAGAUGCAAGUGACAAUGUCGCUGUCAUCUCUCGUGGGCACUUCCACCACUUUCAGCGAAGAGUCUCUGCGGCGCGCGCUCAAAACUAUCCUCGUGCAUGCUGAGAGGGACCCUGAGAACCCUGACCUGCAGCAAACCAGCUUCCCUGAACAGGUGAAGGACCUGGUAUUCAACCUGCACAUGAUCCUCUCAGACACGGUGAAGAUGAAAGAGUUCCAAGAAGACCCGGAGAUGCUGCUGGACCUGAUGCACCGCAUCGCGCGCGGCUACCAGCACAGCCCCGACCUGCGCCUCACCUGGCUCAACAACAUGGCGCAGAAGCACAUGGAGCUCACGCACCACGAGCUGCAGGCAUUACUGGAGCAUGCCGCGAGUGAGCUGAUGACGGCGGGAAUGUACGAGGCGGUCAACGAAGUGUACAAGGUGCUCAUACCCAUCGCCGAGGAACACCGGGACUAUAAGAAACUGGCUAAUAUCCAUGGCAAACUGAACGAGGCUUUCACCCGCAUCGACCAGCUGCACGGCAAGCGCGUUUUCGGCACUUACUUCAGGGUCUCCUUCUACGGCGCCCUGUUUGGCGACCUCCACGGAGAGGAGUUCAUCUACAAGGAACACGCGCUGACCAAACUACCUGAGAUAUUUAGCAGACUUGAGAACUUCUACGGGCAGCGUUUCGGCGCCGAGAACGUGGUGAUUAUAAAGGACAGUAACAUCGUGGACCCCACCACGCUGCCCGCUGACAAGGCGCACAUCCAGAUCACUUACGUGGAGCCCUACUUCGAGCCCCACGAGCUACGCACGAGGACCACACAUUCGGAGCGGAACUAUAACAUUAAGCGGUUCAUGUAUGCGACACCCUUCACUGUGGGCGGGCGCGCGCACGGCGACAUCGCGGAGCAGUGCAAGCGCAAGACCAUCCUCACCACCGCGCACCACUUCCCCUACGUCAAGACUCGCAUACAGGUGGUAUCUAGAACUCAGAUCAUUCUUACACCGAUUGAAGUUGCUAUCGAAGACAUCCAGAAAAAGAUAAACGAGCUGGCCGCAGCCACGAGUCAGGAGCCGGCGGACCCCAAGAUCCUGCAGAUGGUGGUGCAGGGCUGCAUCGGCACCACCGUCAACCAGGGCCCUCUCGAGCUCGCGCAGGUAUUUUUGGCGCCAGUGGCAGACGGCUCGCAGCCGCCGACGAGGCUAACCAACAAGCUGCGAUUGGCUUUCAAGGAUUUCUCCAAAAAAUGCCACGAUGCGUUGAAGAAGAAUAAGAAUCUAAUAGGCAGCGACCAGCGUGAGUACCAACGCGAGCUGGAGCGCAACUACGCGCGCUUCGCGGAGCGCCUCGCGCCGCUCGUGAUGCCCGCGCAUGCGCACGCGCACGCCGCGCAGCUCAGCAAUGGCGUCAGCAAACCAGACUACAAACUUCAGGCGUAAACUAUGAAUCAACUAACGCAGAUCGAUGUGAAACCUAAACCUAUUUAUUGAAGACGAUGUUAUUGUAAAAGACGUUAUAUUCAAUUAGUUUUAAUACUCCAGUAUACUCGUAUUAUUAAUUUAAGUAUUAAUAUAUGUAAUUUAGAUCUUGUUUUUAAGAAAUAAUUGACGAACAAAACUAUUCUUUAGUGAUUUCUAUACUACAGUCAAAUCCAUAAAUAGUGUGUACAGUUUUUACCUUCCUGGAGAAAAUUAUACACACAUUUCUGAACUCGACUGUACAUGAUAUAAACAAUGCAACAUUGAAUCUUAUGUGUACCGUGUAAGGUAUAGUUUUCAAUACAUCACAUCAAAACUUGAUAAAUAAAUAAGAAUAAUAAACUACCUUGAGUUGCAGGUGUCCAUAAGUUACGGUGCUUUCCAUCAGGCAGACCGUAUACUUGUUUGCCACCGACGUGGUAUAAAAAAACUGAAUAACCACCGACAUUUUAGUAUUAUUUUGCACAAAUAAUAACGCGUUAUAGAAUUAUUUUUAUAUUCUUAAAUAUAUUAUUUCACUUAUUUGUAAGUGUAUUUUAUUACUUGUACGUUGUGCUCUCGAUUUUAUUUCCCAGUGUUAUAUUUACUCUAAGUGCAAUAACGGAAUUCAGUGUCAAAAAUGAAGAGAAAAUCUGCCUUCAUAAAGUAUUUUAACACAAUGAUCGAAUUGAAAUUGUAAUGCAGGUGCUUACAUGAUUUUAAUUUAAAAAUCUGUACGGAGUAUCAAUGUGUGAAUGCUACAUCGAAGUAAUGUAAAAUUUCUUUAUCUAUUUAGAUGUGACAGUUAGUUGGCAUUAUGACCUUCAUUUGACCAUUGAAUUAUUAUAAAUACGUUUACUGAGCGCUCCAAUCACCUUUAUUAAGUUGAAGUACAUUGCGGUAAUUAUUGAUAUGCUGAAUUAUAUGUAACCUCAACAGUCAGCAAUGUAACUAAAGUCGCAUGCGAGUUCAUCCUUUAAAAGAACCAUAAGGGUAAAUUGUGGACCAUGAUAUAUGUGGCGUGUCAGGGCUUAAGUUUCCUUAUGCUUCGUUUGCAAUUAGGAUGAUGAAUUUCAUUAUUUUUCAUUUUCAUUCAUUAUUAAUUCUGCUGUUCAGCCAGGUCGACACAGAGCGAAGCACGUCACGAGGCAGUAUACUCGCGCGGCAAA